CGAUGGCAACAUGAAGGAUUCUGUGAUGAUUUAAACUUUAAUUUGUUUACGUGGAAAUUGAAGCCAGAAUUUUUAUGUUCCUUUGCAACCUGUAUGUGUUUCAACAUGAAUAUACACAUGAACAAAAAAUACAUUAGUUUGAUUAUCUUAACCGUACAAAAUGCUGUUUUGGGUUUGUCAAUGCGCUAUGCUCGUACAAGGCCGGGCGAUAUAUUUGUUAGUUCAACGGCUGUUCUCAUGUCCGAAGUCGUUAAGUUAAUCACCUGCUUCGUAUUGGUGUUUAACGAGGAGGGUAAAGACUUGCAGCGGUUUUUUCGAACGCUACAUAAAACAAUUAUUGCCAAUCCGAUAGACACUUUGAAAGUUUGUGUACCUUCACUAGUAUACAUAGUACAAAAUAACUUACUAUAUGUUUCGGCGUCCCAUUUAGAUGCAGCGACGUAUCAGGUUACCUAUCAAUUAAAAAUUUUAACAACAGCCAUGUUUGCAGUGAUUAUUCUACGAAAAAAAUUAUUAUGCACGCAAUGGAGUGCUUUAAUGAUUCUAGUAAUUGGUAUAGUUUUGGUUCAAUUAGCUCAAACGGUAACGGACAAUUCUACUGAAGAUAUUGGUCAGCCUGAACAGAAUCGUAUGUUUGGCUUAUGGGCCGCUUUGGGAGCAUGCUUUCUAUCCGGUUUCGCCGGUAUUUACUUCGAGAAGAUAUUGAAAGGAGACGAAAUCUCGGUAUGGAUGCGUAACGUACAACUGAGUUUAUUAAGCAUACCUUUUGGAAUCGUGACUUGCUUCGUUAAUGAUGGCGGCAAAAUAUUCGCGAAUGGGUUCUUCCAUGGCUACAAUAUAUUUAUUUGGUACUUAAUACUACUUCAAGCGGGUGGUGGGCUAAUUGUAGCUGUCGUUGUAAAAUAUGCAGAUAACAUUCUUAAAGGAUUUGCAACCUCACUGGCCAUUAUAAUAUCAUGCAUUGCCUCCAUGUACAUAUUUCAUUUUCAUUUGACGUUGAAAUUUACUGUAGGCGCUGCUUUAGUAAUCACUUCAAUUUUUAUGUACGGUUACAAUUCCAAAAAUACAUCUACUACCCAAAAACAGGCUAAUUUCACGCAAUGUCAGUCAGACGAUGAAAAACUUUUACCGUAAAUUGUCGGUACUGAAAACAUUCAAAUAUCUGCAUAUUCGUAAAUGAGCAAGAGAGUUGUAUUCGCUUUGGAGCGAAUCUUCACUAUCCACAAGUUAAGAAAGACGUAUUCCAAUUGUUAAAAUAAAUUUUUUAAUCAGUUUUCAAGUGGCGCUACUAAAUAACAUUCGCCUCAAAUUUAAAGGUUUAUACACAUAUUUUGCAAAUUAUUGAUGCACUGCCAAUUACAAAUGUGUAGCUUUCUUGCUAACUGCAUAACUAAAGUAGCAUAGCAAAUGUGGUACCACUAUUAGCUAAUGCUUUACGAAUGUAACAAACUAAAUAAAGAAAAAUUGAGUUGUGGGGUAUAUAUAGAAACAUGGCGCUGCAGAACGCUUUAAGAUCAGUAAUUAGGCAGUAUUCAUUCAUUAUAAAUGAAAUCUUUCAUAUAUUUGUACGAAUCUACAAUAAGUAAAAUUUUAUUUUACAAAUAAACCGAAAUAUUAACUGACCGAUAAACUAA